AUGGCCGGGAACGCCCAUUUACCCGCCCGGAACAGUCGCUACACAUUGGAGCCUCACACUGCUUUCGAAGCACCAAUUCCGAAUACCCUGCCUCGGAAAUAUCACGAGGACUUCCUGGACUCCAAAACGCGUAUCUCUUCUGGCUGGAAUGGGAGCCUCAAGAGGCAGUGUGAGGCCCUGGCCGUUUUCCUGGCCGGCGACGUUGUUCCUGGCACAGACCGAAUGACGCCAUUUUUGUUACUGGUAGAGCUCGGCUUGGAGGCUGUUUCUGGGCAUGCGAAAGAUAAGCUAAAGCGUCAACCAGACCCACCAAGGAGGGCUGGAGGGGAAAGGGAAUUUCGGGGGAUGUUGAGCCCAUUUGUGCAAGCAGGGAGCCAAGUUCGUCUUGAGAAGGAGCUUUGGGGUCCUGAGAGCAGAGCCAGGGAACUAGUGACCUAUGAAGAUGUGGCUGUGGACUUCACCCAGGAGGAGUGGCAGCAUCUGGACCCUGCUCAGAAGAUCCUACACAGAGAUGUGAUGCUGGAGAUCUACAGCCAUCUGGUCUCUGUGGGGUGUUCAGGUAUAAGUCCAGGUAUAAUCUUCAAGUUGGAACAUGAAGAGGACCCAUGGAUCAUGAAGAGUGAGUUGUCAAGGUGGAUCCACUCAGACAGGGAGAAAAGCCUUGACUCUUCCCAGCAGAUCAUUUCUGAAGAACUUUCAUUUCAAAAAGAGAUAUUGGAAAAAGCCCCAAAGGAUAAUUCAUUGUACUACCUUUUAAAAGUUUGGCGUAUUGAUGGUCAGACACAUAAAUAUCAGGGAAACCAAGACAGAGUUUUGAAGCAAGUCACAGUCAUUAACUAUGAAACAUUGACCAAGGAGAAAGGCCCCAAAUAUAACACACUUGGAAACAGUUUUGGUGGGUGCAUGAACCUUGAUCCUUCAAGUAAAAAACUCCAUAAUUUUGAUUUAUGUGAAAAGAACUUGGAAUCUAAUUUAGACUCACUGAUAUGUAAUAGGAGCCAUACAAGAAAGAACCCCAUUGAGAGAUUUGGAUGCAGGAGCCCACCUAGCUUUAGUGAUUCCUGUUCUGUACCUGAGAAAAUUUACACUGGCAUGAAACCUUGUGGACAUGGUCAAUGUGAAAAAUUUCUCAGUCAUAAACAAGUCCAUAUUCAGUAUAAAAAAGGUCAAGCUGGUAAGAAACCCAAUGUUUGUGGUGAGUGUGGGAAAGGCUUUAUUAAGAAGUCACAACUUAUUAUACAUCAAAGAAUUCAUACUGGAGAAAAACCGUAUGUAUGUGGAGAUUGUGGAAAAGCCUUCAGUGAGAAAUCACACCUCAUUGUGCAUCAGAGGAUUCAUACUGGGGAGAAGCCCUAUGAGUGUACUAAGUGUGGGAGAGCCUUCUCCCAGAAGUCACCCUUCAUUGUUCAUCAAAGAGUCCACACUGGAGAGAAACCCUAUGAAUGUUCUGAGUGUCAAAAAGCCUUCUCUCAGAAGUCACAUCUCAUUAUACAUCAGCGAGUUCACACUAGAGAGAAGCCCUUUGAAUGUAGUGAAUGUGGGAAAGCCUUCUGUGAGAAGUCUCACCUUUUUAUACACCAGAUAACUCAUACUGGGGAGAGACCCUAUGAAUGUACUGAAUGUGGGAAGACCUUCCCUCGGAAAACACAACUCAUCAUCCAUUAUAGAACACAUACUGGAGAGAAACCCUAUAAAUGUAGUGAAUGUGGAAAAACCUUUUGCCAGCAGUCCCACCUCAUAGGGCAUCAAAGAAUUCAUACAGGAGAGAAACCUUAUGUGUGUAAUGACUGUGGAAAAGCCUUUUCCCAAAAGUCCCACCUUACUGGACAUCAAAGGCUUCACACUGGAGAGAAACCUUAUAUAUGUACAGAGUGUGGAAGAGCCUUCUCUCAGAAAUCACCUCUUAUUAUACACCAAAGAAUUCAUACAGGGGAGAAACCCUAUGAGUGUAGUGACUGUGGCAAAACCUUCUCCCAGAAAUCACCCCUCAUUAUUCAUCAGAGAAUUCAUACAGGGGAGAAACCCUAUGAGUGUACUGAGUGUGGAAGGGCAUUUUCCCUGAAGUCACAUCUCAUUAUACAUCAGAGAGCUCAUGCUGGAGAGAAACCAUAUGAACGUAAUGAAUCUGGAAAGGCCUUAUGUGAGACGUCUCCACUAGCUGUACAUCAAAGAACUCAUACUAGGGAGAAACCCACUGAAUCUGCUGAAUAUGGUAUGGCCUUUUCCCGAAAUUCACAGAUGAUCACAUAUCAGAGAACACACACAGCAGAGAAACCCUCCAACUGCAGUGACUGUGGGAAGGUGUUCUGCCAGCACAUACACUUCACUGGACAUCAGAACCAACAUAGGAGAGAAACUUCAUAUAAGUACUGA